AUGUACGCCCCUGUCGGCGAGGGCCACGGCAACCAACAACCAUCCCUGGUCAAUUCAUGGUGGCUUCAUCCGCCAGCUGAAAGAACUGUUGGGCACGAGCGCGAUCAAGAAGGAAAAUACCUACUUGAAGGUGGCAGAGACAGGGGUGGCGAAGGUCACGGGGUCGAGCCUAGGGGUGGCAUCAUGGACUCUCACCAGCAACAGUUUUGUCUCAAGUGGAAUAGUUUCGGUAGCAAUUUAGCGACAGCAUUCUCAAAUUUGUUCAAAAGCGAGAGUCUUACCGAUGUCACCCUAUUCUGCGAGGGAGUAACGUUCAAGGCGCACAGGUUAAUUCUCGCAGCAUGCAGCAAACACUUUCAAGAGCUGUUCGAAGGAAUGCCUCCUUCUCCCGCGGGACUGAUCGUUAUUCUCGAUGGAACGAGUGCCCACAAUAUGGCGUCCCUUCUCGAAUUCAUGUACCGUGGAGAGGUACACGUGUCCCAGGAAUCCCUCAGCUCUUUCCUCAAAGCAGCCGAAUGCCUUCAAGUAAAGGGUUUGUCCAUCGAGCACGAAAAGCUGGCAGUAGCGCAGAGGCACGCCGCUGAGAACAAUAACUCGUCCACGGACACCGGGGAUGGUGGCGGCGGAAACGGUGGUGCGAGCAGCGGGAGCGGUGACAACGGAAGUGGGAACGUGAGCGGAAACGUCAGUGGUACCGUGAGCGGUAACGUGGGUGGUGGUGUUGUUGAUGACGUUGGCGGAGGAGUCGGCGAGGUGAGCGACAUGGGUGAAGCGGGUGAAGCAACCAUGGUGAGAAACACCAUAAAGAGGGCCCGUACACCAGCACCGUCUCCUGCCCCUGCUUACCCCGUGCCCAACCUCUACUCCGCUACCUCUCACUAUUACGAAACCUUGCCGAAAAGGCUGAUGAGAUCGCCCAGCGACGUCGAUACCCUGGGAAGGGCGAGUGUGUUGCGCGACGGCACUGCCUUCCGGCCCGCAUCAGCGCCACAUCCGCUUCUUCUGGAGAACCACUUUUACCAGCCGUUCAUCCACCCUACAGAAACGCCCGCGCAUCCCCACACCGCACCACACACACCCACGGAAUUGGAACAGGAAUUGGAACGAGCGAGGUCCGAGGAACGCAGCAAUUGCGAUCUCAAGGAAAGCGUAGCUGAAGGUAAAUCAUUCUUAAAAUAA